GAUUCAUCAAUUUUGGACGUUCGUUCUUGUCACUCGCUCAGACACGCUACUUAUUCUAAUACCAGAAAACUUCAACAAAACACCAAAAACAACUUAUAUCUAAUUUCUAACCACAACCGACAACAUGUUCUCCAAGACCGCCGUCGCUAUCACCUCUUUCCUGGCCAUCGCCGAGGCAGUCAAGGUCACCAAGCCCGCCAAGGGUGACGACUGGGACCUCUCCAAGACCAACGAGAUCACCUGGGAGACCGUCUCCAGCGACCCCAAGAGCUUUGAGAUCAUCAUCGUCAACCAGGCCAGCUUCCCCGGGGUUUCUGAGACCAUCGCCACCGUCCAGGCUGCCGACGGCAAGUACGAGCUGAAGGACGCCAAGGUCGCUGCCGGCGGCAACUACCGCAUCAACCUCGUCUCCACCGACGCCCAGAGCUCUGGCAUUCUGGCUCAGUCCAACGAGUUCACCUUCAGUGGCUCUGACGACUCCUCUUCCGCCUCUGCCUCCGGCUCUGCUACUGCAUCGGCCAGCGCCUCCGGCUCUGCUGCCACUGCCUCUGCCACUGGUUCGUCUUCCUCGGCCUCCGGCUCCGCGGCCACUGCCACCGUGACCACAGUGACCACCGGCUCUGCCACUGCCUCGGCCUCCGGAACCGCUGCCUCUGACGCCUCCGGUUCAGGUACCGCUUCCGGCACCGCCACUGGCUCCGCUGCCUCCGGUACUUCCACCUCUGCUCCCAGCAGUGCUUCCGCCAUCAAGUCCACCUUUGCCAUCUUCGGCUCCGUUGCCGUCGCCGCUUACAUGCUCUUCUAAGCAAGAUUUAGAUGCCCGCACGAAUCUUGUUUUUCCUUAGAGCUAUUUUGAGAAACCCGAAUGAUACCAACCGGCUACGAUGAAGGGAGUAGCGACAAACUAGCGAAGUGCAUUUGGAGGGGCUGGGAAUUGAGGAUUAUACCACACAAAACUCGGAUGGGUCAUGUCUGGCGUCGCCUUCGCACAAUUUUGAAUUACGUUUUUAUAGACUAAUGUUGAAGCCUUGCUACUGGACUCCCUCCAUCUACAGGCGCCUCAAACACGCAUCCUGCAUGUGAGUAUCCGUACGAUCAACUUGAUGAUGGAGAACCUGGUAUCUGCCUGCAAGAUGGGACGGAUUUCCUGGGAUCCGACCCCAAGUUUUCGCGCUGUUCCGGCCGCGACCUGAGCGCGGAGAUGAGCAGACCCAUGCCGUUCAGCCCGAGUGCCC